AGUCUCGGCAAUACUAGAUGCCGAGUUUGUUGAAGAGUCAUGAGUCCCAAAGUUCAUUUCUCUCUCAACUUGGGAAAAUAUAUAGUUUACCUCAUACGUAAGAAAUUAAGAAAAAUGUAAAUAAAGGGAGUAACUUUACUUGACCAAGUCAAAACAAGUCCCAGCUUCAUGGGUCACGUCGCCUCCCGAGUCCCCACUAUCUCAGUUAGUGUAAGUAACUACCUCUUCCACAACUUCAAUCCCCUCUAUAUAUUAACCCUCGUAAACACUUCCAUAAUUACAUUUCACCUAGUCUUCUUCACACUCCCGUAAUUACAUUUCACCUAGUCUUCUACUAGUUUUGCAUCAUUCUGAGAUUGAGAGAGAGCUAACUCUGAGACUGAGAGACCCUCCUAUGGCUGCUUUUAAAACAAGUUUGUUCUGGCUCGUCAUUUUCAUCUCUCUUGGGAACUCGUUGGUUUUCUCAGCUUUUGAGUUCCAGGUUGGUGGAACUCAAGGUUGGAUCGUCCCUCCAACCAAUGACAGCAAGGUCUACAACGACUGGGCCUCAGAAAACAGGUUCCAAAUCGGCAACGCCAUCCGUUUUAAGUACAAGAAGGACUCGGUGAUGGAGGUGACGGAAGAGGACUACAAGAAGUGCAAUUCAAGUCAUCCCAACUUCUUCUCCAACAAUGGAAACACUGUCUACAGGUUUGACCAUUCGGGGUCGUUUUACUUCAUCAGUGGGGCAGCCGGACACUGCGAAAAGGGGCAGAGGAUGAUCGUUAAGGUCAUGUCGACCGAUGAGGAGUCUCCGUUGGGCAAGAAAUCGGCUGGCUAUCGUGCUGCGGUUUACGAGCUUGGAGUGUCCAAACUUGUGUUUGUUCAGUUUGUUUUGUUCUAUGUUGCUUCUUUAGUGUUCUAGGGUUCUAGACUUCUAGCUAUUUAAGUUGAUCAUUUGUUUUUUGAAUUUAAUAAUUCGGAUGUUAAUGUUGUUUAAUCAAUUUGGUCAUUUUGUCGGUUUGGAUUCUAGGAUUGUCUACUGUCUUUGUUUAUUCCUCUAGUCUAGUUUGGAAUUAAGUACUAUCUUUGUCUAGAGUCUUUGUUUUCAUCAAGUAGCAGAUA